CCUGACCUCGACCCAGCUUGCCACCCCACUGCCUCCGCAACGACGCCUGUGUCACUCGCAAUCGUUAUCCAUUUUCACUCGCACAGCCACAGCCGCGCCGCGUCUUUCACCUCGGCACCUUCAUUGGCUCGCCUGCCAAGUCAGAACCGUGGUCUUGCAUCAUACCCAACGCCAGACCUUCCACGCACUCAACGGACCGACGACCUUACCACUAUCGUGCACACUUCACCCACGAAUAGCAAUCCUUCCGUCGCACACACUUCUGGUCUCGCAUCCUGAAGUCUCCACAUCACAGCCAAGAUGAGUAAGGUUGUAAGAAGCGUCAAGAAUGUCACGAAGGGGUAUUCGGCGGUCGAAGUCAAGGUCCGCAAUGCCACCAGCAACGACCCGUGGGGUCCGGUGGGCUCAGAUAUGGCCGAGAUCGCUCAGAUCACCUUCAACAACUCGACAGAUUUCUACCAGGUCAUGGACAUGCUAGACAAGCGACUGAACGACAAGGGAAAGAACUGGCGUCACGUUCUGAAAUCGCUCAAGGUCCUGGAUUACUGUCUGCACGAAGGCUCCGAGCUGGUCGUAACUUGGGCGCGCAAAAACAUCUACAUCAUCAAGACACUGCGAGAGUUCCAAUACACCGACGAAGAUGGUCGCGACGUUGGGCAGAAUGUGCGAAUGGCUGCCAAAGAGCUUACCUCGCUGAUCAUGGACGAAGAGCGAUUGCGUGCCGAGCGAGCGGACAGGAAAUCGUGGAAGUCACGCGUGACUGGUAUUGAGGAAUAUCCUGGAAACCACGCUGCAGGACACGGAGAGGGUUCUCACAGCCUGCGACGAGAGGGCGGCAACGCGCGACCGCGCCGCGACGACGAGGAUCUUGAGUUCAAGCUGGCUCUGGAAGCGAGUAAGAAUGAGGCUGAAGAGGAGAAGAAGCGCAGGGAACGAAACAACGCCCCCGAGGACGAUGACGAUCUUGCGAAGGCGAUCAAGCUCAGCAAGGAAGAGGAGGAAUUGCGCCGGCGAGAGCUGGAACAGACCAAUGCAGACUUGCUCUUUGGUGAUGCCCCCGCGCAGCCCAACACGUACCAGCCGACCGGUAACAACCAAGGAUACCAGCAGCAGGGACAGGUCGACUGGUUUGGCAACUUGAUGGACCAGCAGCCGCAGCAGCAGCCCCAGAACACUGGGUUCCUCAACAACGCAUACUCUCAGCCUACUGGUAUGCAACCGCAGCAGACAGGCUUCCAGAAUGGGUUUGGUGGCUACGGCCAAGGUUUCCAGCAGCAGCCUCAGCAGACAGGCUUCGAUCAAUUUGGCCAGCAACAGCAGCAAGCGCAAUAUUUGCAGCAACAGCAGACCUCGUUCAACAUGAGCAACCCCUACAAUCAGUUCGGUGGUGGAAUGGGCCAGCAGCAACAGCAGCAGCCUCUCCAAGAGCAGAGCACGCUUCAGCCUGGUAGCCAUAACCCUUGGGCGAGCAACAACCAGCAGGAAGCUUUGAUGCCCCAACCCACUGGUUCCAACAACCCCUUCGCGCAGGGCUUCAACCGACCCCAGACCGCGACACAAGCAGCGCGUGUCCCGUCGCUAAACACUCUGCAAGAGCAGAAGACACAGACACAGUUCAACAACACAUCGUUCAACCCUCCAGUAUCAUUCUCGACACCCCAGCCCCAGCAACAGCAGCCUCAGAAAGAGAUGGAUCCCCACGCCGCGAGGCUCAACACUCUCCUCGCGACAGGAGAAGGCCAGGAUACCUUCGGAAACGUCGGCAACCUUCGUCUCCCGGCUCAGCACACAGCACCUGGUACUUUCGUCAAUUCGGCCGGUGCAGGUCUGAACCGCAUCAACGCCAAUGCAACCGGCAACAACCCCUUCCUCAACUCUCAGUUCACUGGCAUGCCUCAGCAGAACCGCAUGAUGCCAGCUCAGACAGGACCCGCCGGCAACUUCGGCGCCAACCCAUACGGCGGCCAGAGCGCGAAUCCGUUUGGCGCCCCACAGCAGCAACAAAGGUCUCAGGGAGGUAAUAACUUAAUAGACCUGUAAAUGCUGCAUGGAGGUGGACUCGAAGUAGACAUGCGUUUUCUUGUUUGAUAUUUGAUCUUGGAGCGUUGCCCUAUAUCUGCUUUCUAUUUCGUUCGGGGCCGCCGCAAGGUAGUGGAGAUACCUAAAGGCUUCUCCUGGUUAGGAGGAAUAGGACAUAGGGACCGGUGGUUUCGUAGACGCUAAAUGAUUCCCUUUACAACAUCUUUACCUGCGUUAUCAGCAUAGGUAGUUGGCAUUGUGCUGGGCUUGUGGGUAGGCGGUACGGUAGCUAAUCGGACUGAACUUUGCCAAUGUGCGUACGAACCCC